AUGUCUAAAGUUUACGAUUUUGUUGUUAAGGAUAAAGCCGGUAAAGAUUUUGCCCUAAAACAAUUAGAAGGGAAAGUUAUUCUAAUUGUUAAUGUUGCCUCUAAAUGUGGUUUCACUCCUCAAUAUAAAGGUCUAGAAGAGGUGUACAAGAAGUAUAAUGACCAGGGAGUAGAAAUCCUAGGGUUCCCAUGUAACCAGUUUGGUGGUCAAGAACCAGGUAAAGAAGAAGAGAUUGUACAAUUCUGUUCUUUGAACUAUGGUGUUACAUUCCCUAUUAUGCAAAAGAUCGACGUUAAUGGUGAUAAAGCUGAACCAUUUUACGAAUUCUUGAAGAAAGAAAAGACUGGUGCUCUAGGUAUGAAGAGAGUCAAAUGGAAUUUCGAAAAAUUUUUGAUCGAUAAGCAUGGGAAUGUUGUCGAAAGAUUCUCUUCCUUAACUAAACCAGAAUCUAUCGAUCCAAAGAUUGCUGCCUUAUUAAAGGAAUAA